AUGGACUCUCGUGCUGGCCUCUCCAGACCGCACCAACUGGUGCGGGACUCAGCGAACGGGUCCUUACCCCCCAUGGUGCCCAGCCAAAGCAGUAACCCUCCAGGGGACAGUUGCAACUUCUCGCGACCGCCGCCCCCUCGGAUGAAGGCCAACACGUUCCCAUGUACUCCCCGGGGGCUAGGCGUUUCCCCAAAUUUUAAAGUGCCAGCCAACCCCCAAAGGGUUUUCGAAAUGCCCACCAACUUGUUUCAAGUGCCAAAAAAAUCGUCACCCCAGGGUAGUGCACAUCCAACCCCCACCCCUAAAAGGAAGGAAGCUGUCCCCAGCCGACACCCGGAGGAAAUAGACUCUCUAGUUGAUGCUGUAUCACAGCAACGUACCCCCGGGAGAUUUUGUAAGAAACGAGAAGGCAGUCAUGGUCGCCAUGACGGCAAAGAAACCCGACUCCGCAGUCCUAAAGGGGAAAGGAAGCUGGAGAGAGCCAAACCACCCCAUCCUCACCCAAGGGGCGGGGCUCCUCCCUACUCCAACCAGGUCAUGCCCCUUUCAGGUAAAGCCCAAACCCGGCUGAAACUGUUGCAGCCAACCAGAACCGGACCUUGCCCCGGCAAAGGCCCCGCAAAGAAAAACACCAGAAAAAGCCCGAGUGAAAAACCCCAAACAAACCCAAAGCCAGAGUCCAAUGGUCUCCACCCCCCAAAUAACCAGGGAUAG